GGGGGUUGGUGGAGGGUUCUGGAGUGGCAGUAAAGGAGGGAGAUGGCGGGGUGCAGGGGGUCCCUGUGCUGCUGCUGCAGGUGGUGCUGCUGCUGCGGUGAGCGUGAGACCCGCACCCCCGAGGAGCUGACCAUCCUUGGAGAAACACAGGAGGAGGAGGAUGAGAUCCUUCCAAGGAAAGACUAUGAGAGUCUGGAUUAUGAUCGCUGCAUCAAUGACCCUUACCUGCAAGUUCUGGAGACCAUGGACAAUAAGAAAGGCCGCAGGUAUGAGGCGGUGAAAUGGAUGAUGGUAUUUGCCAUUGGAGUCUGCACCGGGCUGGUGGGUCUCUUUGUGGACUUUUUCGUGCGCCUCUUCACCCAGCUCAAGUUUGGAGUGGUUCAGACGUCGGUGGAGGAAUGCAGCCAGAAGGGGUGCCUUGCCCUGUCCCUCCUCGAGCUGCUGGGUUUCAACUUGACCUUCGUCUUCCUGGCCAGCCUUCUCGUUCUGAUUGAGCCAGUGGCAGCAGGUUCUGGAAUCCCCGAAAUUAAAUGCUACCUGAAUGGUGUGAAGGUGCCCGGAAUUGUCCGUCUCCGGACCCUGCUCUGCAAAGUGUUUGGAGUGCUGUUCAGUGUGGCUGGAGGGCUCUUUGUGGGGAAGGAAGGCCCCAUGAUCCACAGUGGAGCAGUGGUGGGAGCUGGCCUCCCGCAGUUUCAGAGCAUCUCCUUACGGAAGAUCCAGUUUAACUUCCCCUAUUUCCGAAGUGACAGGGACAAGCGGGACUUUGUAUCUGCGGGGGCGGCUGCUGGAGUUGCUGCAGCUUUCGGGGCUCCCAUCGGGGGGACCCUAUUCAGUCUGGAGGAGGGCUCAUCCUUCUGGAACCAGGGGCUCACGUGGAAAGUGCUCUUUUGUUCCAUGUCGGCCACCUUCACUCUCAACUUCUUUCGUUCUGGGAUCCAGUUUGGAAGCUGGGGGUCCUUCCAGCUCCCUGGACUGCUGAACUUCGGCGAGUUUAAGUGCUCUGACUCUGAUAAAAAGUGUCAUCUCUGGACAGCUACGGAUUUGGGUUUCUUCGUCGUGAUGGGGGUCAUUGGGGGCCUCCUGGGAGCCACAUUCAACUGUCUGAACAAGAGGCUUGCAAAGUACCGAAUGCGAAACGUGCACCCAAAACCUAAGCUCGUCAGAGUCCUAGAGAGCCUCUUGGUGUCUCUGGUAACCACCGUGGUGGUGUUCAUGGCCUCGAUGGUGUUAGGAGAAUGCCGACAGAUGUCUUCGUCGGGUCAAAUCGGUAAUGACUCAUUCCAGCUCCAGGUCACAUCAGAAGAUGUCAAUUCAAGCAUCAAGACCUUUUUCUGUCCGAAUGAGACCUACAAUGACAUGGCCACGCUCUUCUUCAAUCCCCAAGAGUCUGCCAUCCUUCAGCUUUUCCACCAGGAUGGUACUUUCAGCCCCGUCACCCUGGCCUUGUUCUUCACCCUCUAUUUCCUGCUUGCAUGUUGGACCUACGGCGUUUCUGUUCCAAGUGGCCUAUUCGUGCCGUCCCUACUGUGUGGAGCCGCUUUUGGGCGUUUAGUUGCCAAUGUCCUCAAAAGCUACAUUGGCUUGGGCCACAUCUAUUCGGGGACCUUUGCCCUGAUCGGCGCCGCAGCCUUCCUGGGUGGGGUCGUCCGUAUGACCAUCAGUCUCACGGUCAUCCUGAUCGAGUCUACCAAUGAGAUUACGUACGGGCUCCCCAUUAUGAUCACGCUGAUGGUGGCCAAAUGGACGGGGGACUUUUUCAAUAAGGGCAUUUAUGACAUCCACGUGGGCCUGCGAGGUGUGCCGCUUCUGGAGUGGGAGACGGAGGUGGAAAUGGACAAGCUGAGAGCCAGUGACAUCAUGGAGCCCAACCUGACCUACGUGUACCCGCACACCCGCAUCCAGUCUCUGGUCAGCAUCCUGCGCACCACGGUCCACCACGCCUUCCCGGUGGUCACGGAAAACCGGGGCAACGAGAAGGAGUUCAUGAAGGGCAAUCAGCUCGUGCCCAGCAAUCUGUGCGCCCCCCCACUACAGAAAUCCAGCAUCCUCACCCGGGCGGGCGAGCAGCGCCGGCGCAGCCAGUCCAUGAAGUCGUACCCCUCGAGCGAGCUGCGGAACGUGUGUGACGAGCACGUCCCCGAGGAGCCGGCCGAGAAGGAGGACCUCCUGCAGCAGAUGCUGGAGCGAAGAUACACUCCCUACCCCAACCUAUACCCUGGUGGGAGCCCGUGCGCUCACCUUCGCUCCAGCAUCUGCUGCAGGAGGUCCUCCUUCUCGGCCGGCUCCUCGGGGACGUGCUCGUCACACACGUUCCGCAGCUCGCUCGAGGGGUACGACUUCAUGGACUGGCUGCGCCGGCGCUGCUCGCCCGCCCGGGGGAUCCAGGUCACCCCACGAGAGCUGUUGGGUAGCUCUUCUCUCACUGAAACUCCAGAACAAGCCACAUCCGUCUCGCAGAGUGCCAGCCAGCCCCGCCUUUCCUACGCCGAGAUGGCUGAGGAUUACCCGCGCUACCCGGACAUCCACGACCUGGACCUGACACUGCUAAACCCGCGCAUGAUUGUGGACGUCACCCCGUACAUGAACCCUUCACCCUUCACCGUUUCACCUAACACCCACGUCUCCCAAGUCUUCAACCUCUUCAGAACCAUGGGCCUGCGGCACUUGCCCGUUGUGAAUGCCGUGGGGGAGAUCGUUGGGAUCAUCACCCGGCACAACCUGACGUUCGAGUUCCUGCACGCCCGGCUGCGGCAGCACUACCAGACCAUCUGACGGCGUGGCAGCCCACCCUCUCCCAGAGCUGCCUGGGGGCGCAGCCUGCUCCUGCUCACUGCCGCGGCUGGAGCUGGUCCAGGGCACGGAAGAUUCCCACCCACCCACUCGCUCGGAGAGCCUGCAGUCAUCGGACACUUCGCUGGCCAGAGAUCCCGGGCAUGGUGUCGCACCAGGAGAGCGUGAACUUGACUUUCUCAGCAAGUCUCUUCGUGUCUCUUGCUCGCUGCUUUCCUGCCGUCCAGCGUUGGCUCAGGCCCCAGGACCCUCCGCCCCACUAGUGUCAGGACCAGAGGGGACGUCAGGCCUCACCCCCUAGAGAGUGACCCCCAGAGCACUUUUCCCGCCCCUUCUGCUGGUUUCCUAGGGAUCCCAGCCUUACACUGUAUCGGGAGGGACUUUGGCCAAGGCAAACACUGGGGCAAAUGCCAGUUGCAAAAUUAAGUGAAUUACCAAAUUUAGGGAUUGGGCAGUAAGAAAAGUACCCCUCUUUCAGGGAGGUCUUCUUUCAUUGGGACUCUUAACUCGAUGUGCUCAGCAGUUUGCUUGGAGGAAGUGCCUGCUUCCUGGAGAGCUGCUGCCCUGGGCUCACCCCUGCUGUCCUGGGCUCAUACCCCUGCUGUCCCAGGCUCACCCCUGCAGUCCCGGGCUCACCUCUGCAGUCCUGGGCUCACCCCUGCAGUCCUGGGCUUAUCCCUGCUGCCCUGGGCUCACACCCCUGCUGUCCCGGACUCACCCCUGCAGUCCCGGGCUCACCCCUGCAGUCCCGGGCUCACCCCUGCAGUCCCGGGCUCACCCCUCCUGCCCUGGGCUCACCCCUGCUGCCUUGGGCUCACCUCUGCUGUCCUGAGCUUACCCCUGCUGCCCCAGGCUCACCCCUGCAGUCCCGGGCUCUCACCCCUGCAGUCCUGGACUCAUCCGUGCAGUCCCAGGCUCACCCCUGCUGCCUCGGGCUCACCCCUGCUGUCCUGGACUCACCCUUGCAGUCCUGGGCUCACCCCUGCUGCCCCGGGCUCACACCCCUGCUGUCCUGGACUCACCACUGCAGUCCUGGGCUCUCACUCCUGCAGUCCUGGGCUCACCCCUGCUGUCCUGGGCUCUCACUCCUGCAGUCCUGGGCUCACCCUUGCUGCCCUGGGCUCACCACUGCUGCCCCGAGCUCACCCCUGCAGUCCUGAGCUCUCACCCCUGCAGCCAUGGUCUCUGUAGGGCUGGCACCUUCCAGAAGCACAAAGCAUUAAGGUCCCACUGAUCGUCCCUGAGAUAAGUCUGAUCAUACGGCCCAAUUUACAACCCCCCUUAGUUUUUAACAUUUUUGCUUCUCUCCUGGUGACUCGUGUUGACCCCAGUCUGUCCUGUCCCUUACAUCUGCAUCGACUAACUUUCCUUGGGUUCUUACAUGCGUCUUCCUGGUGAAGCAGCCUCAGCCCAGAGGAUCUUGGUGUCCUGCACCCCCCCCAAGUUAGCUAAAAGCAAGGCACCUCAUGAUAAAAUUGCUCAACCCAACUCUGGGGGAAGACAGUUGUGUCUCAGAUGGAAAGAAGGGAGGCCUGAGCCUGCGGCCUCGGUAGGAACGUGAUGUGGCUGGAGACACCGGUGUGAGGAUAAAGCAGGAGGCUUGUUCUGAAGGAGGGUGUGUGCCCCUCACCAAGCUCUCUCACCCCCUGCUCCUCGCUGUCCCCAGCCUGCGGAGGCGCCCCUGGGUAGGCAGGGCCAGGCCUUGAGGCUGUAGCAUUAACCAUUAACCUCGGGAAGGAGGCCCCGCGACAGUGACUCUGUCUCCCUCCAGGCCGGUGGUCCUGACUGGGCCCCCAAAGUGGACGCUUGCUGUCGGGUAUUUGCACUUCUUUCCUCUCAACCCCUGCGCUCCCCCCUUACUUGUGUCCCAUCCGAGGCCCAUCCUGGGGCAGGCGCGCUUUGGGCCUCGAGAAGGCCAUUCCUUUGCAUUUAAGUUAUUUUUGUAAAUUGUGGAAGUUGCCUGAGGGCGUGGACGCCCGGCCUCCGGCAACAGCCCUUGCCCUCUGCCUGGGGGUGGGCGUCCAUCUGUCCCUCCAUCCUGUCCGUCCGUCCGUCCAUCCGUCUGGGCCCGGCCGGCCCUGUGCUCUGCACACUCUGCUCACUCAAGUGAGGAGGCUGCUUUCAGGAUCUUUCCCACCUGCCUGUGGCCCCUCCCAUUUUCCUGCCUCUUUGACCAAAAGUUCUCUAACGUCUACAUUUCUCAGCUUCCUUGGAUGCGCUUGACUUGUGAGAUGUGGACGGGACCCCCAGUAGCUAAUUCGGGGAAUCACAAGGACCAAACCAGGCAAGCCCUUCUGACUGUGAUUGUGUUUACCUGGCUGCCGGUGUGUAUUAAGGCAGCGAUCAGAGCUUGGCCACAUUCAUCCUUCCUUUUAUUAAGAAAGAAAGCAGUUAGUUCCCCGAGUCAGGAGAACGUCAGGACCACCCUUCACACAAACUGAUUCCCCUCUUCCCGUCCCUCCCUGGAAUCAGCAGAACUAAGGUGCUGGGGCAGGGUGGGGGGGAACCUCUGGCUCCGGGGUCUGGGAUGCCAGCCACCUGCCUCAAGGCUGCCCUGGGUGAAUGCUGUUGGAAUCUACCCACCCCCCCAGUGCCCACUGCCUUGCAUUUAAUAAGUCCCCAGAGACUUUGUUCCCGCCGGUGUGGCCCGGCCAUAGAUGGUACCAUGCAAAUGCGUCUGUCCGUCCAUCCGAUGGCCGCCGUGGUCGCAAGCUCACUCCGGAAAGGCACGUUGCUUCCUGUCCUCUGCGGGCGUCUGCCCCUCCCAGAUAAGCCCAAAGACAGCGACUGGCCCACUUGUAACAAAGUAACUGGAAACCUCACCCCUUGGAUAGUGAGAAGCCCACGUUUGUCACCAUAUCCCACAUCACCAGCCCCUUCACCUCCGCGUGGGAUGGCGUGUCCAUAAACGGAACCCACAGGGGGCUCCAGGAGGGUGGCUGGAGAUAGUUUUCUGUGUUUCAUCUCGCGAUUGGUGUUGCCGGUUCCCCGGCUGAGGUGAUCGGGAGCUGGGGAGGGAGAGUCCCUCCCGACCGCAGGGCCUUUGCUCAUGACCCCAUUUAAGUAACGGAUCCUGGCCAGGAUGGACACUUGCUUGCUUGACCCAACCAAAUCUAUGACAUUUCUGAUGCAAAAUCACGUCCUGACAUGGCCCUCAGAGACCAGAAAGCCUCCGGAAAGGCCAGAAGCGCCCCCUUGGGCCCUGUGGUGUUGAUGUGCAGUAUUGCCCCCUGGCUCCGUGGACCUUGGUCACCUCGACAGUUAACAGCUUCCUUUUCUCCGUUUGCACUGUUGGUUUGUAUAGUAAUAUUAGCUAAUUCUAUUGUGUACAUAUUGUAUUUUUUUUAAUUUGUAAAAUUCUAUUUUUAUUUGAACUUUUGGAACGUGGAAGUUCUCAUUAUAACCGUAACACGUCAGAAUAAAAUGUCUUCAUCUGUCUCCUUUAA